UCACUAUCCACCCACCCAACAGACAAACCAACCACCGCGAUCAAAUUCAAUUGUCAACCAAACCCAUAACCAUAACAUAACCCACUUUCCCCUUUCACUACCCCCAACUCUCACACCACACACCACACACCACACCCACCAAUAAUACUUAUACCCUAUACCCUAAAACACAAAACACCAAAUUUCCACAUCAUGGCGGCCACCACUCCCUCCUCCUCUUCACCACCAAAACCCACCCUCACCCUUUCCUCACUCACAAAAAAACCCCAACCCAUCCCAUGGACUCAUCAAGAAACUAUUAACCUCAUCAGAGCUUAUCAAGAAAAAUGGUACUCUCUCAAACGUGGUCCACUUCGCGGCAGUCAAUGGGAAGAAGUUGCCGUUGUAGUCGCUGCUCGUUGUGGUUACGAUUACAAUCAUCCUUCUAAAACCGCUCUUCAAUGUCGUCAUAAGAUGGAAAAACUCCGUCAACGUCACCGAUCUGAAAAACACCGUCUCACCGCUACUUCCUCCGCUGUUUCUUCUCGUUCUUGGCAGUAUUUUCGUCUCAUGGAUGAUCUUGAACGUGGUCCUCUUCCUAUCUCUGCUCGACCUGUUCUUCACAAUUUCCCUGUAUCUGAUGAGGAUAGUGAUGGUGGUGAGAGAGGGAAAAAGCCUAGUGUUAGGUCAAGAAGUUUGAAGCAUAGUGUUAGGUCAAGAAGUAUGAAUAAUAUUCUUAACCAGAAACCAGCUUUUACAAAUGAAAUUGAUGAUGGUGGUGAUGAUGAUGAUGAUGAGGAGGAGGAGGAGGAGGAGGAGGAGGAUGAUGAUGAAGAGGAGGAUGAGGGAGUGACGAUGAUGAAGGGGUUGACGGCGGAGUUAAGAGGUUUUGCUGAGAGGAUUGUUGGAUUGGAAAAUAUGAAGAUGGAGAUGAUGAAAGAAACUGAAAGGUUUAGGUUGGAGAUGGAGAAUAAGAGGAUUCGUAUGAUACUUGAAUCUCAAUGGAGGAUUGUUGAUUCUAUUGGAAAAGCAUUUGGGUCUUCUUAGAUUAGAUUAGGUUAAAACCAUCAUUUUAAUCAAUGUUUUAUAUCUUGAAUUUGUGUUAUUGCAAUUAUAUAUCCCCUUAAUCAUAGAGGGUUAUUUUAUUUAUCAAGAAAGGACAAUUAGUGUAUUAGUUUAGCAGAUCACAGCGUGUCACUGUGAUUUUGACGUCCUUGUGUGACUGUGAUUUUGUCAAACUGUUUGUUCGAAACAUGUAGUAUGUGUUUGUUGUUGUAUUGUACAUAAAGCAUUUUUAGGAUGUUUUUAUGAAUUUGAAAUUUACAGUUUA